AUGGGUAUUUCACGGGACAAAUGGCAUAAGCGCAGGAAGACUGGAGGUCGCAUGAGUCAAGUGCGCAAGAAGCGAAAGUUUGAGCUUGGUCGACCACCCGCGCAUACAAAAAUUGGUGCCCGAAGAAUCCACACAAUUAGAACUCGAGGUGGAAAUAAAAAAUAUAGAGCUCUAAGAUUAGAUACUGGAAACUUUUCUUGGGGAUCUGAAGCUAUCACGAGAAAGACCAGAAUUCUUGAUGUAGUUUACAAUGCCAGCAACAAUGAGUUGGUCAGGACAAAAACAUUGGUGAAGAACUGCAUCAUCCUCAUUGAUUCUGCUCCCUUCAGGAACUGGUAUGAAGGGCAUUAUGCAUUGCCUCUCAGCAGGAAGAAGGGUGUAAAACUGACUCCUGAAGAAGAAGCCAGGUUGAACAAAAAAAGAUCCAAGAAGGCCCAACGCAAAUAUGAAAUUAGGAAGAAGACGGCCAAGGUUGAGCCUGCCCUUGAAGAGCAGUUUGCCAGUGGAAAAAUUUUGGCUUGCAUAUCUUCCAGACCGGGGCAAUGUGGUCGUGCUGAUGGUUACAUAUUGGAAGGUAAAGAACUGGAUUUCUACAACAGAAAGAUCAAAGCCAAAAAAGGCAAAUAAGCAGUCAAAUUGUGCAUAUUAUUCUCCUGACUGAACAGUUCUCGGUUGCUAAUGCUUAAAUAAAUUUUAAAAAA